AAGCGAGGGUGUGUGCGUUUGUCUCGAUUUGCCCUCUCGUCCAGCGACCGACCGGUUUGUCUGUCAAGCACUCCUCAUCGAGUCUACCCCUUGACGGCCGGCCAGGUACAGGCAGACGCCGAUUCGACACGACCACGAUGUCCCGAAAGAAGACCAUGGCACACGGACACGGCACACCCGCGGGUGUCUGCAGUCUACGCCAGACAAACGGAAAAAACUGUCUUGCACACGCGCACAUCAGAGUCUGUACUCUGCCCAAAGACGGUUGGACGGUUGGACGGUUGUGUCUGCGAUGUCGUUGUUGCGAUGUGA